GCCUUGGCUUUUACAAGAGUUGAGUCAGGGAAACAGGAGCACAAGAUGAGAUGGAAGAUCGGCUUGGCUUUUGAUGACGAUGACUUUAUGAUUUUAUGACACGAACAACCCGGAUAUCCGAUAGAUCGAAGCGUCUCUUUUUUGUUUGGUUUUGGUUUGGGUCUUGUUGCCCCCAUCUGAUGAAUGUGAUGAAUGCUCAUUGUGGAAGAAUGGAUUGGACGGAACUUGUCUGCGGGUGGGAUCACACAGGAACCACCCCGGAUGGGAUGAGUGCGUGUACUGUGUAUGUUUUGGAGGGUUGCAUUGCGGUGGCUAGCGGUGUCUUUUCUGGGAGGUGGCGGUGUGCAUUGUCGGACUGUCGGACUGCGACUGAAUGUGAUGUCUCACGAAUUGCUUAUGCGCUCAAUUGCUAUAGUUAGAUGUGCAGAAGUGCAGGUAUGUAUGUACGGUACAUACGGUGGUGAUUUGUCUCCUCUUCUUCCGAAGCCCAGUGUCUUUUUGACUGAGUGUGAUAUGAAGCCACGGUCAGAUUCGAUGUACAGUGAUUACCGACAUACUCAUAGUUACAACUCACA